UGGCGCGUGCACGGGCACCAAAAAUCGCCUCGCUGGGCCAACCAGCCCGUUAGUAGUCGCUUUCUCCAUCGCUGGAUACUGUACGAAUCGCAGCUGGCACGCACGCCCUUGCCGAGGAUGUAUAGAGCACCUGCAGCACUGACAGUCUGCACCACCUCCACGGCACGAAACAGCAGGCGCGCGCGACGCCACUACCGCGGCUCCGCAAGACGACGGGACCACUACCGCACGCUGGAGAUCGCCUACGACGCCUCCGAGGCCGACGUCAAGGGCGCGUUCCGCCGCCUCGCGAAGGAGAGCCACCCGGACCUGCACCCGGGCGACGCGUCGGCCGUGGCGCGCUUCCAGCGGCUCGUGGAUGCGCACUCGACGCUGACAGACGACAGCGCGCGACGCGCGUACGACCCUGUGUGGAAAUCAACCAGUGUGUCGGGUGCACCCGAUAAUUCUUCACCAAGUCAUUUUACGGCGACGACGCGGCCGUGCUGGCUCCGUCGAGCGGUGAGGAACCGACAUCGCCACGCCAUCGAGCAAGCGUCGCGUCGAUGGCGUGGAGGACGACGCGACGAUUCAGCACGAACGCGCCGUAAAAUUUGAUUUCCACACAGGUACGACGCUGAGAUCGGCAACGCCACGUCGCCUCUGGCCAAGCGCCCCACGUCUAUCAGGAAAUCACCGACGGCGCCGCAUGCGUAUCCAGGAGGGGGCUCCGGCGUCGACGGCGACACGUGGAACGCCUGGCAUUAUGGGGAUGGCGACACCGUCCAAAGGGACCCCGUCUUCCAGACCAACAGAACGCGCGACGGCGAGAAGACGACGACGACGAAAUGGUUCGAGCGCAAGAUCCGGUCCCAGGAAGAAAGGAACGACGCGGCGGCGAUGAACGCCGUGCGGCAAGAAAAGCAGAACGUCGUCGAUCGACUGAAGGCGAAGGCGCGCGCGAGGAGGGCCGGGCGGGAUGUGAGCGGGGAGCAGGGGGGGUGUGUCGUGUCGUAAGGUCAGCUGUGUGUG